CUGGGAAUUUGACCCAGAAGCUGGAACAUUGGAAGAACGUGCCCAAGUGGAAAGGUUCCGCCAGGAGUUCAAAAAAAAUCGAUUUCGAGUGAAACAGAGUUCAGAUCUGUUAAUGAGAAUGCAGUCUUUGAAGUGCUUAUUUUUAUCCCAAAUGCAGAGUAGUAGUGGUGGUUUCACAUGUUGGGAGCCUAGAAGAACCUACCGUUGCGUAGAGAAUUUUAAUCCUACAGAGUUUUUUGAAGAUACUGUCGUAGAAACGGAGUAUGUAGAGUGUACUUCUUCAGCAAUUCAAAGCCUCUUGCUUUUUAGGAAAUUAUAUCCCAAGCAUCGAAGAACUGAGAUAGACCACAGUAUUGUAACAGCUGCCCGUUACCUUGAAGAGACACAAAAACAAAAUGGUUCAUGGUAUGGUUCCUGGGGAAUAUGCUACACCUAUGCCACAUGGUUUGCUGUAGAAGGGCUGGCUGCCUGCGGCAGGACCUAUCACAAUAGUCCUACUUUGCGUAAAGCUUGUGAAUUUUUAUUAUCUAAGCAGCUACCAAAUGGGGGAUGGGGAGAAAGUUACCUUUCUUCCCAGAAUAAGGUGUAUACAUACCUAAAAGGCGACCGCUCAAACUUGGUACAAACAGCAUGGGCUUUAUUAGCUCUCCUUCAUGCUGGACAGGCUGAAGUAGAUCCUACCCCAAUUCACCGUGGAGUCAAACUCCUCAUAAAUUCACAACUGGAAGAUGGUGACUUCCCUCAAGAGGAAAUUACCGGAGUAUUUAUGAGGAAUUGUUUACUACACUAUUCAUCUUACCGGAACGUAUUCCCCAUAUGGGCACUUGGAGAGUAUUAUUCUGUGUUCUUCUUGCAUAAAUCUAAAAGGAAUAGGCUGUACUGUACCCAACUCUGAUGUACUCAUGCCUUUAAUGUGAUAAGGAGAGGUGUAUGAUCUUAUGUAUUCUUCUCAAUAAGAGUUGAAAAAUAUAUUAGGAUAAGGUUUAAUUUAAUAAAUUAUUUAUUAAUUU